AUGGUGUCCCAGGCGCUGCAGCUGCUCCGGCAGGGCGUGUGGGCUGCACUCACGGGGGGCUGGUACCAUGACCCUGAGCAGAGCAAGUUCACCAACAGCUGCCACCUCUAUCUGUGGUUGUUUCUGCUGCUGCUGCCCCUGGCCCUGCACCUGGCUUUUCCUCCAAAUGCGAUCACUGUAUUUUUAUACUGCAGUUCAGUGACUGUGUUCUUCGCAGUAAUCAAGUUGGUCAGUUAUCGUCUGCACGUCAUGUUUGAUAAGGGGGGGGUCAUUCAGGAGAGGCCCUCCAGAAUGCAAGAGAAGCCAAAUGCAGACAAAGAAUCCACAAGUGAGCAUAGAAUGAACUAUAAAACUCCAAGCAAUAACAGGCAGACUAACAAUGGCAAAAAGGAAGAGACCAAUCCCAACCUCACCACGCCUCCUCUCCACUGCAGCUCCCAAGGGCAAAGCAUACACUCUCACCACUCCUCUGGGCUUCUGGAAUUGCCAGCACAGGAAACAGUGCAAGACCUCAAAGGCAUCAUUCUGUCAGAUCAGCCUGGAGCCCCUGUGUCAUCUACCUCAGCCUGUGUCAGAAUGGAAAACUUGCCAGUUUCUAAAGUGUCCAUGCCAGAAACCGUGGCCACAUCAGCAAUACGAAUGAAGCCAGUGACCCCAGAGACUCCACUCAACAAUAAAGUGAAAGAAAGAGCAAACAAGGUACAUCCCCCUUUCCACCACCGAUCAGAGGGUGGGCUACAAGACAAAGAUGCCUUGGAGAAUUUGCCACACUUGUCUUUGUCUCAGUAUGACUUACUAGAAACAGAGGUGUCUUUCCAGCCCUGGGGCAGUGAGAACUCAGUCUUGAUUCCAGAACCCACACAACAUCUCAAGGGCUCCAUCGGGGAACAGUUGCAAAGUAAGUCUCCUCAGGACAGCCUGAGCAGCAGCUGCCCACAGUGUAACACCAUCAUCACCAAACAGGAAGAGGAUCUGGUGGAUACUUCCUGCCAAGUAGACCCUCCUUUGGACGAAGAAGUUUACUCCAAUAGUGAUAUAGCUGUUACUCUGAUUGACACUUCCCAACCUGGGGACCCGCUGAGCCUGCAUGAGCCCAUUAAGAUUGUCAUUACAAUGAGCAGUACUCCAAACUCUGUGACCGACUUGGAAAGCUCUCUCCACCUGAAGGUGAUUGGUACAGAGAGAGCUGGACCAAAGUCAGAUGCUGAACCAGCUACCUCAAGGGUGGCUAGUCCUCCAAACAGCGAGCAGACACGAAUUCCUGUCAUCACCCUUGAGCUUUCUGAAGAUGGAGAAGGAGUCACCAUUUGUCCUGAAGGGACACCAGAAAGACUGAUGGUAGAGGAGUCUUCCAAUCAGUGCUCUGGCUAUGAGUCUGGGGAGGCAGGCAAUGCCACAAAAGAUUGCAGUCUUCCUCCAAGGGACCACUGUGAAGUAACCUCACCACUCAUACAAAAUGUAGCCUCCGAGUCUGAGAGGGGACCAGAUGGACAGGCUAACCUUGACCCUUCUUCUUGUAAGAGCAGCCAUGAAAAGAGACAUGCCCGGGUCCUCAGCAUGGACAGUGGAACCGACAUCUUCUUGAGUAAGAACUCUGCAGAAUUUAUUAGUGAUAAAGAGAAAACAAUACCGACUUCCAAAUCUGACUUGGAGGCUAAGGAAGGACAAAUACCAAAUGAAUCCAACUUCCUAGAAUUUGUUUCCCUGUUGGAAUCAAUUAAUACUUCCAAGGUAGUGGCAGCCAAUCAGUCCCAUGGCUCAGCAGAGCCGAACAAAGAAAACCGGCUUCUUGGAGAUAAAUGUUGCCAGGAGAAAAAGGAGGAAAUCCUGGGAAGUGAAAAGCCCACCGGACGCAAUCCCAGACAAGGAAAACUGGAUGUGCAAAGUCAAGACCAAACUAACUCCCACCCUGUGUUUCCUGAAUCUGCCAAGAUGACCACCCUUUUCCAGGGUAAUAGACAGAGACAGAUCAUCUACAGAGUAACGUCCCAACAAGAUAGUUCUGUCUUGCAAGUCAUCAGUGGGCCUGAAACAUCUGUGCAAGAUGAAACAUCUGUGGAUGCCAUGCAUGUCUUCAUCGAUGAACAUGGUGACAUUAGAUCCUGUUAUUUAAAAUCUGGAAAUCAGAAAGAAGGACCUUUGCAACAUCAGCUGUCAAAUUAUGACUGUUUUUCUCAUACUCGAGAGGUGCAGAUCAGCUCUUCCAGCACCACAACCUCUGAGAGUCAAGAUCCCUCCUCUGGGGACCCAGCAGUCAGUGCUCUCCAACAACAGCUGUUACUAAUGGUGGCUCGGAGGACCCAGUCAGAAACUCCACGGCAUCUGAGUCAAGAUCUGGAGGCCUCGUCAUGCUCUUCAACACAAGGAAAAUUUCAGCGAGAUCAGUUUUACAAGUUUAUCAUUUUCCCUGGCAAAUGGAUUAAAGUCUGGUAUGAUCGACUUACUUUGUUGGCGUUGCUCGAUCGAACUGAAGAUGUCAUGGAGAAUGUGCUGGCUGUUUUACUCAUUGUCCUUGUUUCCCUGCUCGGGUUCCUGACGCUGAACCAGGGCUUUUGCAAAGACAUGUGGAUUCUCCUUUUCUGCGUGGUCAUGGCCAGUUGCCAGUAUUCUUUGCUAAAGAGCAUUCAGCCUGACCCUGCCUCGCCAAUUCAUGGACACAACCAAAUCAUAGCAUACAGCAGACCAAUCUAUUUUUGUAUGCUGUGUGGACUUAUUUUACUUCUUGACACAGGAGCCAAAGCCAGACACCCUCCUACUUAUGUUGUCUAUGGCCUGAAGCUCUUCUCUCCGGGGUCUCUACAAUCUGCUAGGGACCACUUAAUAGUGUUUUUAUAUUGCUUUCCUGCAAUUUCCCUCCUUGGGCUUUUCCCACAGAUCAACACUUUCUGCAUUUAUCUUUUGGAGCAAAUUGACAUGCUGUUUUUUGGUGGCUCUGCAGUGUCUGGGGUGCUGUCGGCUGUGUACGGCGUGACCCGGAGCUGCAUGGCCACCGCUGCUCUCCAUAUGCUCUGCUUCGCCGCCAUAAAGGAGCCCUGGAGCACGCAACACAUCCCGGCGUUGUUUUCAGCCUUCUGUGGCCUCUUGGUAGCCAUUUCCUACCACCUGAGCAGGCAGAGCAGUGACCCUUCAGUGCUGAUGUCCUUUAUUCAAUGCAAAAUGUUUCCUAAAUUUUUACAAAAAAAUUUGGAAGAGUUGGCUGCAGACCCUCUCCCAAAGAAGAUGAAAGACUCUGUGAAGGAUGCCUUACAGUCUGAUCUCAUUGUCUGCUCAGUGGUUGCUGUCCUCUCGUUUGCAAUCAGUGCCAGCACUGUGUUCCUGUCAUUGCGCCCAUUCCUCAGCAUCGUGCUUUUCUCCCUGGCUGGCACUGUCGGGUUCGUGGUACAUUACAUCCUCCCUCAGCUCCGCAAGCAGCAUCCAUGGAUGUGGAUUUCACAUCCCGUUCUCAAAAACAGAGAGUAUCAGCAACGCGAAGUGACCGAUGUGGCCCAUUUAAUGUGGUUUGAAAGACUCUAUGUUUGGCUUCAGUGUUUUGAAAAAUAUAUCUUGUACCCAGCCAUAAUUUUGAAUGCCCUCACUAUUGAUGCGUUUUCAAUAAGCAAUUACAGGAGACUCGGUACCCAUUGGGACAUUUUUCUGAUGAUCAUUGCUGGCAUGAAGCUCCUGAGGACCUCAUUCUGUAAUCCUGUCCAUCAGUUUGUCACCUUAAGCUUCACUGUCAUCUUUUUCCACUUUGACUACAAAGAUAUUUCAGAGAGUUUCCUACUGGAUUUCUUCAUGGUGUCUAUUUUAUUCAGCAAGCUCGGGAACCUGCUGCACAAGUUACAGUUCGUCAUGACAUAUGUGGCUCCUUGGCAGAUGGCUUGGGGAUCUUCAUUUCAUGUGUUUGCUCAGCUCUUCGCGAUCCCUCAUUCUGCGAUGCUUUUCUUCCAAAUGAUUGCCACCUCAAUCUUUUCCACGCCACUGAGCCCAUUUCUCGGGAGUGUCAUUUUCAUCACGUCGUAUGUCAGGCCGGUCAAAUUCUGGGAGAAAAACUACAAUACAAAGCGAGUGGACAAUUCCAACACCAGACUGUCUGUUCAGAUUGAAAAGGAUCCAGGGAGUGAUGACAACAACCUGAACUCCAUCUUUUAUGAGCACUUGACAAGAGCCCUCCAGGAAUCCCUCUGUGGGGACUUAGUUCUUGGUCGUUGGGGUAACUACAGCUCUGGUGAUUGCUUUAUUUUGGCUUCCGAUUACCUCAAUGCCUUUGUUCACCUGAUUGAAAUCGGAAAUGGCCUUGUCACCUUUCAGCUUCGAGGAUUAGAAUUCCGAGGAACCUACUGUCAGCAGCGAGAGGUGGAAGCCAUCAUGGAGGGCGAUGAAGAUGAUGGAGGAUGUUGCUGCUGUAAGCCCGGCCACUUACCCCACCUCUUGUCCUGCAACGCAGCAUUCAACCUCCGCUGGCUUACGUGGGAAAUCACACGGACGCAGUACAUCUUGGAGGGCUAUAGUAUCAUAGACAACAAUGCAGCUACCUUGCUGCAGGUCUUUGAUCUUCGAAGGAUCCUCAUCCGUUACUACAUCAAGAGUAUAAUAUACUAUAUGGUCACUUCCCCCAAACUCCUCUCCUGGAUCAAAAAUGAGUCACUUCUUAAGUCACUGCAACAUUUUGCCAAGUGGCAUUAUAUUGAACGUGACCCUGCCGUGUUCAACAUUAACAUUGAUGAUGACUAUGUGCCAUGUCUUCAAGGGAUCACCAGAGCUAGCUACUGCAAUGUUUACCUAGAAUGGAUCCAGUACUGUGCACGGAAACAAGAGCCUUCAAAGAAGACGCUGGAUAGUGAUGAGGACUCUCCUCUGGUGACUCUGACCUUUGCCCUGUGUAUCCUAGGGAGGAGAGCUCUGGGAACUGCUGCUCAUAACAUGGCUCUCAGCCUGGACUCCUUCCUGUACGGUCUUCACACCCUCUUCAAAGGUGAUUUUAGGGUAACAACACGAGACGAGUGGGUGUUUGCGGACAUGGACCUUCUGCACAAAGUUGUUGCUCCAGCUAUCAGAAUGUCACUGAAGCUUCACCAGGACCAGUUCACCUGCCCUGAUGAGUAUGAAGACCCAGUGUUCCUCUAUGAGACCAUCCAGUCCUUUGAGAGGACAGUGGUGAUCUGUCAUGAGGGUGACCCGGCCUGGAGGAGCGCGGUGCUGUCCAACAGGGAGGAUCUCCUCACCCUGCGGCACGUGGUGGACGAGGGGACUGACGAGUACAAGGUCAUCAUGCUGCACAAAAGCUUCCUGAGCUUCAGGGUCAUCAAGGUCAAUAAAGAAUGUGUCCGAGGACUCUGGGCUGGGCAGCAGCAAGAGCUCAUAUUUCUUCGAAAUCGCAACCCAGAGCGUGGUAGCAUCCAGAACAACAAGCAGGUCCUACGGAAUCUGAUCAACUCCUCCUGCGACCAGCCCCUGGGAUACCCCAUGUAUGUUUCCCCGCUCACUACGUCCUAUCUCGGGACACACAGGCAGCUGAAGGAUGUCUGGGGUGGGCCUGUCAGCUUGAACCGAAUUUGGACGUGGUUCCGAACCAGGUGGUUAAGAAUGCGGAAGGACUGCCAUGUGGGCCAGCACAGUGGUGGCAACAUCGAAGACCUGGACAGAGGAGGGACAGCAUCCACAGGCCAGGCCACAAGUGGGGAGAGCCAGGAGAGCAGCACAGAGCCACCCAGGAAGGAUGGGCACCAUGGUGGGACCCCCAGGACAGGUAGGAGAAAAGGCAGGAGCCAGUCUGUCCAGGCCCAUGCAACCUUGAGCCAAAGACUUCCCAUCUUGAGUUUUCCGGGUCCCGUGCUGGAAAGUCACCAGGCCUUCAUCCAGACGUCCACAUCAGUCCAUGAGUUGGCCCCGAGGCUGUCUGGCAGCCAGCUCUCCUUACACAACUCUGUGGUGUCCCUGCACUCCCAGCCACCGCCUGUCACCACCACGGGCCACCUGAGUGUCCGCGAGCGGGCUGAGGCGCUGAUCAGAUCCAGCUUGGGCUCGUCCACCAGUUCCACCCUUAGCUUCAUCUUUGGCAAGAGGAGCUUCUCCAGCGCCCUCGUUAUUUCUGGACUUUCUGCCGCAGAGGGUGGCAACACCAGCGACACCCAGUCAUCUAGCAGUGUCAACAUUGUAAUGGGUCCCUCAGCCAGAGCCGCAGGUCAAGCCACACGGCACUUCUCCGAGCCCUGUGAACCCACCGAUGCUGUGGAGCAGGUCCAGCUCUGCAGUCGCCGUCUGACUGAACCUACGGCAGAGACCCUUGGGGUGAUGUGCAGAAGAGCAAGCCAGGAGGACAUGGGACUCGAUGACACGGCAUCCCAGCAAAGUGCUUCCGACGAGCAGUAA